AUGGGGUUUGUGUUUCCCGGAUGGCCUCAUUCUUACUGUUAUUAUCACCUCAAACAGAAUUUGAUAUCAAAGUACCCAAAGUCAGGUUAUGGGAAACUGCUCCAAGACCGUGUUAUCAAUUUAUUUAGUAGAUGCGCAUAUGCUGUUACAGAGGAAGAGUUUAAGGUAGCAAUGGAGGAGUUGGUGAUUGUUGGGAGUUCGAAAGUGAAGGCAUUUAUAUCUGAUUUGUCUAGAGAUCACUAUGCCAACGCAUUUUUCAAAGGAAUGCGUUAUGGGGAGAUGGCAAACAGUUUAGCGGAGUCCUUUAAUAAUUGGGUUGGUGUGUUUCGAGAUUUGCCGGUGCUACCUUUGAUAGAAGGGAUUCGACAGAAAUUGAUGGUAUUGAAUUCUCAACGACGAUUUGAAGCGGAGAAGUGGACAACAGUUUUGUGUCCGGAGAUGGAAACUAGACUCGGUGAAAAUGCGGAGGCCGGUAGGACUUGGGCAGUUUGUCGUUCUAAUUGCACUGUUUUUGAAGUAUUUGCUGAUUAUUCUGUGAUGGUUGAUCUCGAGCAAAGGACUUGUUCUUGCCGUCUUUGGCAAAUUGACGGUUUUCCGUGCACACAUGCGGUGGCUGCAAUCCUAGCAAAGAGAGAUUCAGUUUAUGAUUACGUGGAGUGUUACUACAAAACCGACUUCUUUCAAAAAGCCUAUGAGAGUCCUAUUUUUCCUAUUCCAGAUAUUGGGAAAGGAUUGGGCAGCAAUGGUUCUGCAGCUGGAGUUGUGCUUCCGCCAAUUACAAAGAGGCAAGCCGGAAGACCACCAACAAAGAGGAUCAAAGUUUUUG